AUGUGUGACUCUGGGGUGGGGCGGGGCUGCUCAGGCCCAGGGCUGCUGCUGGGACCCAGAGACACCCCAGUCCAUGCGGUGCACCCACACAGAAACACACAUUCCACACCUCCAAGCAAGCAUGUGCACACAGCCAGAGCCACGUAUGCCUGGACGCGCAGAUCCGAGCUCCAGUGUUCCAGCAGAGAGGGGACACAGUGCGCGUGCUCCUCCGCUCGCGCCUGCGCGUCUCCACAGACAGGCACGUUCACUCACGCAGGUGCGCAAGGCGCAAACGUCUCGGCGACUCCUCACGCGCCAGGAGCUCUGCUAGGUGCUAAGGACACAGAGGUGAACUACGCAGCCACUGAGACACGGAAGCACAGACAGACAGACAGAGAAAGGCACUUAAAGCAAAAUUACGUCUCAAGUGUGGGAAGAGCCGAGAAGGCAGCACAGAGCGUAAUCCGUGGGAUUCCACGGUCCUUCAGAGAGAGGCGCUAUCUCACCUGGAAGAGGAAAGUUAGUAGAAACACUCCGGAUGCAGAAGGUGGCACAGGAUAUAACAGGGGCUGA